CUCUCCAUCGGAACGAUCGUACGCACCGCGCAGAGCGGUCAUUGCCGAAGUUGGCUGGCACUUGCCCGGUACGCGGAUGUGGAGCGCGCGUAGCGGUCGGCACCUUUGAAGCCCUUCUCUUGACAGCGCCGACGGGCGACUUGACUGCGCCGGCGUAACGCCGCCGCGUGUGUUGACGGGGCCAUUAGCGGUCAGUGUUUUUGACGUAAGAUUACCGUCGAGCGGCAGCGAUGCCUUGAGUGUAUGAGUGUCGAAUAUCGGAACACCUGUCUCCAUCCGCUGGAUGCUUUUUGGUGAGCACGCUGGGAGACUUGACUGUGAGGACGGUCGGCGAAACGUGCGUCGUUACGGAGAAAGAGUCGGCGAUCGGCGAGCACUCCCAGCUACUCGGAACUCCCUGUGGUCGUUUGACGCCGGCAGCUCCGCUCUGAGGACCACAGGACAAUUCGAAAGCGGCGCAUCUCGGAGUGGAAGAAAGAUGGACACGAAAUAGCGGAAUAAGGUACAUCGAGUCAUAUAUCCGCAGUCCUGUGGAGAGAAGCGCGGGCUGCGGCCCGAACAAACAGCGCCAUGCUUUUCGGCGCAGAUUCCAUGGACAUGAAGUCUGGCCCCGGGCGGCGCGUAGUCCAGGCGGGUACACUGAGCAUGACACCAGGCGGCAACGGGCUUGGCGCUCUGGGCAUGGCCGGUCUUCUACCGGGUCCCGAGUGUGCGGGCUGCCAGAAGCCCAUCCGCGAGCGGUUCCUGCUCAAGGCGCUGGACCAGCUGUGGCACGAGGACUGCCUCAAGUGCGCCUGCUGUGACUGCCGCCUUGGAGAGGUCGGCUCCACCCUCUUCACCAAGGCCAACCUCAUACUCUGCAAGAGGGACUACCUCAGGCUUUUCGGCACUACUGGUCUCUGCUCGGCGUGCAGCAAAACAAUACCGGCCUUUGAAAUGGUCAUGAGGGCCCGUGGGAAUGUCUACCAUUUGGAGUGCUUCGCCUGCCAGCACUGCAACCACAGGUUUUGCGUGGGCGAUCGCUUCUACCUGUUCGACAACAAGAUCUUGUGCGAGUACGAUUACGAGGAGCGGCUGUCCUUCCAGAACGUGCCGUUUCCGGGCCACAACCCCAGCAACCAACAGCAGCAGCAACAACAGCAAAAUGCCAACAAUGCGUCGACACCUGGUGCAGGAAGCGGUGGCGGAGGCAAUGGUAGCAUCAGCAACCACCAGUCGAGCAACGCGGGUAGCAAUAGCAACAGCGGCCCAGCCACCGGCGCGACGGCGACGAACAACGCCGGUCACCCGCCCAUCGGUACACCUCCUGGCAGCGCCGGUGGCCCCAAUGCCAACAACGGCAACAGCAAUAGCCUGCAGCGGCUCAAGCGACACACGUUAGAUAGCCUCCCCGUGCAGGACGAUGCGUCCAGUGGAUACGGCAGCCCCGACUCCAUGAUGAGUGACGGCAAGUGACCCAGGGACAAAGGCGGCCGCGGUCGGCACCACGCCGGGCCCGCCGCCCUCGCCUGCAAGCAAGACUUGAGCUAAUGCGCCUUCCUGGCCUGGACUAUUCGUUGAGGCCACGCGUACGCUAGCGCUCACCUUGUGUGACCGUAGACUUAAGCUCGCGCGAAGUGCGGUUUUAUGGUGCGCGAAUGGACGUUGGGACAAUGGAGCGCCGGCCUGACCAUCUGGUUGACCGAAAGAAAACCGUCGCUCUGUUUUGACUGGUAAAGAUAUGAAGAGCUACGCAUGACCAGGAAACAAAAGAAAAGAAAACGGCGUAAUCGCCGAAGGGUCGAGAAGAAAGCUUUACUCUGUGACAUUGGGUCGAACGCGUGACUCCACUUGCGACUGGGCUGAAGUGUGCGUGUCUGUGAGCGCUUGUGCAUAAUUGACUCGUAGUGACAUGGGUUGUGCGCGUUGGACGUGUAUGACGUACAUUUUGCCAUGUGAGGCAGCUCCUGUUGUUUUCCGUCGUAAUUUCGGCAAGGGUCCACCCAGUAACAGCGAUACGGUGCCGGACCAAACCGUCCCGGGACAUCGGGGCGUCAUCGUUACGUUUCCUCAACUUAAGCUUGCCAGAAGUGCGGGCGAAGCCAAGCCAAGGACUGGUGGAAUCCGGACUGAAUAGAGAAUUAGUGCGUCUUCUCCUCCGUGGGACGUGAGGUCGGCUACUGUUCGUCCAACGUGAAUGGUGUUACACGGCUAGUCUCCUCCCUUCCUCCUUCCCCGGCGAAAAAGAAGAACGCCAGCGGCCUCGAGUCAGACUCCUCUGGGCGCCCGCAAGUUCCUCAGCUGUUCUGGUCUUCGUGUCGAUCCAGCUCCUUAUACAUAUGCCUGUGUAAAUAGAGCUACACCCCAUCCCACCCCACUGUAAAGUGCGCUGCACCCGCUGCCGUGUGAUGUGUAAAUAUGCCCGCCUGCGCCCAGUCACGCAACGGCGCUGCCGCCUAUUGGAAUCAUUAAAAAAGAAAAUGUGUACAGUCAUUACUCCGA